AUGGGUUCUACUCAAGUCGACCAUUAUGAUGUCCUCAUCAUAGGCGCUGGUCUUUCCGGCAUCUGCAGUCUAUAUCAUCUACGAAAGCGCUUCCCCACCUGGCGUAUUCGCGUUCUUGAAGCAGCCGAAAGUGUUGGCGGUACCUGGAAUUGGAACCGUUAUCCAGGCGCUCGAGUUGAUUCAGAAUCUUUAUCCUACGCUUUCUCAUUCGACAAAGAGCUCAUAAAUGAAUGGCAUUGGAAGGAGACAUUCGCGCCCCAGUCGGAGAUCCUGCAAUAUAUCGAACGGGUCGCUGAGAAGCACGAUCUUCAUAAGGACAUCAAGUUCAAUACUAGAAUCAAGUCUGCCCAUUGGCAGAAUUUUAACCGGUCCUGGCUGUUUACCGACGAGAGUGCCACGCAGUAUGAGGCGGGCUUUUUUGUGAGCUGUAUGGGCUUCCUAUCGACACCCAGCUUACCCGCAAUUCCUGGUAUCGAAUCAUUCGAAGGUCAAGCAUUUCAUACUUCUCGAUGGCCCAAGAACCUUGAUAUCAGUCGAGACUUCGCCAAUAAACGCAUUGGCGUUAUCGGAACAGGUGCGACAGGCAUUCAAACUAUAACCACCGUAUCAAAGGAGCCAAGCGUCAAAUCGGUGACUGUCUUCCAACGAACUCCAAACUGGUCAGCACCCCUCCGCAACGAAAAUAUUAGUCUCAAAAAAAUGAAGGACCACCAGAAGAAUUAUGACAAGAUCUUUGAUCUUUGCUCGAGGACUCCUGGCUGCUUUAUGCACCCAGCGGAUCCACGCAACUCUCUUGAUGUGACGGAGGAGGAGCGACUAGCACUAUGGGAGGAAUUAUAUGCAAAGCCAGGAUUCUCAAAAUGGCUUGGCGUUUUCAGCGACACGUACACGAAUCGAGAAGCCAACAAACUCUACUCCGAUUUCAUGGGUGGCAAGAUUCGCGCGCGCAUUAACGAUCCAGAAGUGGCGGAUAGUUUGAUCCCGAAAAAUCAUGGAUUUGGGACCCGACGCAUUCCUUUGGAGUCUGGGUAUUUUGAAACUUAUAACCGAUCCAACGUGCAUCUUGUCGAUAUGCAAAAAACACCAGUGGAAAAGAUCACGGAUACCGGAAUCACACUUACCAAUGGCACACACCAUGAGCUUGACGUUUUGAUAUAUGCAACUGGAUUUGAUGCUAUUACCGGUGCUUUUAGCUCUAUCGAAUGGCAUGGUAAGAAUGGCAGACCUUUACUAGGUAGCAGUGACACCGAAGAAGGUAGAAUGGCGGUUUGGCUUGAUCACCGACCGCGAACCUAUCUGGGUCUGACGAUCAACUCGAUGCCAAACAUGUUCACUGUUCUUGGGCCACAUCAGCCAUUCGGUAAUGCGCCGCGAACGAUUGAGCAUGCUGUCACUGUUGUUUCCGACCUGCUGCAAUAUUGUAAAGACAAUGACUAUACCUAUGUUGAGCCAACACCAGAUGCUGUUGAGAGAUGGACUGAACAUGUGGUUGAAUGCAGCAAGGGGCAUCUCUCAAAUGAAGUUGACAGUUGGAUGACGGGCGUGAACAAGAAUGUCAAGUGUAAAAUGGUUCGUAGCGUUGCAAGGUACUCUGGACACGCUGCUGAGUAUCGACGGAGGUGUGCUGAGUGUAAACAGAAUGGCUGGGCAGGAUUGACAUUUGCCCAAACUCCUCAAAUUGCUAGACUGUCUGUUUUAUAA